GCUUGCGGGAGCGGGCGGAGGAAGUGGGAGACCACACGAAAACCUGUUUCCAAGUCAAGAGCAAACAAACAAAACGGUUGUGGCGCCGCUUUAGCCAAUUGUAAAAGUGGGCCGCUAGCGAAGAAGCAGCAACAACAGCAGUAGUAGCAACAACAACAGCAACGAAGAAGUUACGCCCGAUUCAAAACUGAUUUCACUUUUCGUCAGUCAAGUGCCAAGUUUGUUACAGAGCAGCAGCAGCAACAGCAGAAAGUGUGGAAUUUACAUGAGGAGCUGAUUGAAAGUGUAAUUGUGCAUUAAAUUGAGUUAUAAAUCGAGUACAAGAUGCAAAGAGCCAGUUCGCUGAUUAUGCAACAGGUGGUGCGACAAAGGAUGCACUGCCUCCAUCGAACGUCACCUGCACUGCUGACAACUUUCACUCAGUUACACCACCAACAACAACAGCAGCAACAACAACGGUUUACGGCAACGUCAACAGUGAGCAGCAAACAGGCAACGCCGCCACCGAGACACGACUGGAAUCGUGCCGUGAGUGAGGCGGAGCGGAUUGUGGGUUAUCCCACCUCGUUCCUCAGUCUGCGCUGGCUCCUGAGUGAUGAGAUUGCCAAUGUGGCGCUGCACCUGCGCAAACUGGUGGGCAGUGCACAUCCGCUAAUGAAAACAGCCAAACAUCUCUUGUACAAUGGCAAGAACACCAUGCAGGCCUGGGGACUGAUUGUGCUGCUCGUGUCCAAGGCGGGAGGACAUGCACCCAGCAUCCCGGAUGUGGAGCAGGACAAAAGCGCUGGCGUCCUCCACUCCCAGCGUGCGCUGGCCGAGGUCACUGAAAUGAUACGCAUCUCCCAUCUGGUGCACAAUAGCGUGGUUAAUCUGCAAUCGGGCACUCAGGCGGGACAGGAUGUUUCCACCUUUGACGACAUGUCCUUUGGCAACAAGAUCGGCUUGCUCACUGGUGAUUAUCUGCUGGGACAUUCCAGUGCCGAAUUGGCCAAUCUGCGCAACCAGGAGGUGGUCGAGCUCAUUUCGUCCGCAGUGCGCGACUUCUCCGAGUCGGAAUUCAUCGGUGAACGUGAUGAGCAGAACAAUCCGCUGCCCUUCAAGCCGGGCACCUUCCAGCGUCCCUCGCUCAGCGUCGGCGUCGACUUCAACGAGCACGACGUGAUGACGCCCAUGCCCAUUGCCCAGGUGCUGGGCAAUCCCGAGCAGGAAUGGGAAUGCCGCAACAUUCUCAAUGCUGGCAGUCUGCUGGGCAAAUCCUGUCAAGCAUCCCUCAAGCUGGCCGGGCAAAGUGAGCAGAUGCAACGCCACGCCUAUCGGUUUGGCAAGCAUCUGGCUCUGGCCUGGCAAGCCUGCCUCGACGCAGAGAUCUUCCAGUGUCCCACUCUACCACUGGAUGCCACCUUCAGCUUGGUCAGUGCACCAGUUCUAUUCCACCUGGAGCAUGAUCCCAGCAUGUAUGCGCUGCUUGAGCCGGGCAAGAAAUCCGUGGAGCUCAUUGACUACGAUCAAAUACACAAGGCCAUUGUGGCUGGACCAGCAUUAGCCAAGACAAAGGAGUUGCAGUGCAAGCACACGGCAGCGGCACUCAGUGUCCUGCAGCAUUUCCCGGAUACGGAUGCACGCCAGGCGCUGGAGAAUAUAAUUUUAGCGAUGCAGGACUUGUGACGCACUGAAUGCACCAGAUAAACGGGUUCAGGUUUUAAUUAUAGUACAAUGACACUAGCUUAAAGCGGAACUUCAGAUUCGAAUAUUCCGGCAGACAAUUAAGAAUGAGACAAGACGAAAUCUAUAAGCAUAGGAUAUUUAUAUGAGUUUCGAGGGAACAGAAAUGAAUUUGUUAUAACAAAAAGUAAUAAAGUAAAAGUUUUUUUAACAAAUAA